GAAUGUUUUUGUUCCGUUCAGUGACACAGAAAUUAAGUUUCUGAUUGAGUUACCGUAGGACGUUAACACGAGAAGUACUCGUAUGAGUUUUAAUCUCACCAUGUACAUCAAACAGGUGAUUAUACAGGGUUUCAAGUCAUAUCGUGAACAAACAGUAGUAGAACCCUUUGAUCCAAGGCACAAUGUAGUUGUUGGAAGAAAUGGUUCUGGCAAGAGUAAUUUCUUUUAUGCAAUUCAGUUUGUUCUAAGUGAUGAAUUUUCUCACCUCAGACCUGAACAGAGGCAGGCUUUGUUACAUGAGGGUACAGGACCAAGAGUUAUUUCUGCCCAUGUGGAAAUUAUAUUUGACAAUUCUGAUGGAAGAUUACCAAUUGAUAAAGAGGAAGUAUAUUUGAGAAGAGUAAUUGGCUCAAAGAAAGACCAAUAUUUUCUUAAUAAAAGGAUUGUAACUAGAAAUGAUGUGAUGAAUCUAUUAGAAUCAGCAGGAUUUUCAAGAUCAAAUCCAUAUUAUAUUGUAAAACAGGGAAAGAUCAAUCAAAUGGCAACUGCACCUGACUCUCAAAGACUUAAAUUGUUAAGAGAAGUAGCUGGCACUAGAGUAUAUGAUGAUAGGAGAGAGGAAUCAAAAUUUAUUUUAAAAGAAACUGAAGGGAAACUAGAGAAAAUUCAAGAUUUUUUAAGAACCAUAGAGGAACGUUUAAAGACGCUGGAAGAAGAAAAAGAAGAACUCAAGGAAUAUCAAUGUUGGGACAAACAGCGUCGUUGUUUAGAAUAUACGAUUCACGAACGGGAACUCAAAGAGAAUAAGAGAAAACUGGAAGAACUCGAAAAAUCUAGAGCUAAUAGCGGUGCUGAACAAGCAAGAUUAUGUGCAGAAGCAAAAACUGCUCAAGAAAUGGUAAGAGCCGCAACAAAACGUCUUAAAGAAGCAAAGAAAGAAGUGCAAACCGCUAAAGAAGAACGGGAUACGCUCAGUGCUGAGCAGCAACAAUUGUUAAAAGAGAAGACCAAGUUAACGUUAACCAUUAACGAUUUAUUGGAGGAAGUCAAAGGAGACAAUGACAGUAGAAAACGCGCCCAACAAGAAUUGGAGAAGUUAAAAGUGAAUAUUGCGGCAAGGGAAGCAGAAUUGGAAGAACUAAAACCGGAAUAUGAGGAAAUGAAACGCGUUGAGGAGGAAUGUACGCGUGAAUUGCAAUUAAAAGAGCAAAAGCGGAAAGAAUUAUAUGCCAAGCAGGGACGUGGCAGCCAGUUUACAAGCAGGGAUGAGAGAGAUAAAUGGAUACAAAACGAGCUUAAACAACUUACCAAACAAAUUAAAGAUAAAGAGGAGCAUCAAAGAAAAAUUGGCGAAGACUUAAAGCGGGAUGCAGAGAAACAGGUUACUUUAGAAAAGAAGAUUGAAGAACAUACGCGUGAAAUGGAGCAACAACGAGCUUCGAUAGACGAACACAACAAACAAUAUUACGAACUCACCAAAUCAAAGGACCAAUGUCAAGCUACUCGAAAAGAACAGUAUCGCCAAGAGAGCGUGUUACAGCUUAAUUUAUCGGGGCUAAAAGAAGAUUUGGCCAAAGCGGAUCAAAGUUUACGAUCUAUGGCGGGGAAACCUAUCCUAAAUGGUCGAGAUAGCGUGCGGAAAGUGCUGGAUACAUUUCGAACACGUAAAGAUAUGGCUCAUGAGGUGAGUAGUUAUUAUGGGCCUGUAAUUGAAAAUUUCAGUUGCGACAAGAGUGUUUAUAUGGCUGUAGAAGUGACUGCUGGUAAUAGGUUGUUCCACCACAUUGUCGAAACUGAUAAAUUUGGAACGAAAAUCUUGAAAGAAAUGAAUAACCAACGACUGCCGGGAGAAGUAACAUUCAUGCCUUUAAAUCGACUUCAUGUGAAAGACAUAGAUUAUCCAGAAACUAGCGAUGCUAUACCUAUGAUAUCUCAGUUAAAUUACGAUCAGAAAUAUGAUAAAGCUUUAAGGUAUAUUUUUGGAAAGACCUUAAUCUGUCGUAACUUAGAAGCUGCGACAAAUUUAGCCCGAACAUCGGGCUUGGAUUGUGUCACUCUUGAGGGUGAUCAAGUAUCCUCGAAAGGGUCCUUAACUGGUGGAUACUUCAAUACUUUAAGAUCGCGUUUAGAAAUACAGAAAACCAGAUCAGAGUUAAUGGCCCAAAUUUCAUCUCUCGAAUCUCAAUUCGCAACGCUUAAAGAAGAAAUCAGAAAAGCGGACCAAAACAUCAGUUCCUAUGUUAGCGAAAUGCAAAGAACGGAAACUAAGAACAGUAAAGCUAAGUAAGUUUUUUUUUUUUUUUUUUUAGAAAUUCGACUUAUGAAAGAAGAACUGAGUGCAAUAGAACGAUAUCGCACACCAAAAGAAAGGAGCUUAGCACAAUGUACAUCGAGUUUAGAAGCAAUGCGUGCAACGAAGGAAGGUUUGGAAAGUGAAUUGCAUCAAGAACUCAUGGCACAACUAUCGGUUGCUGAUCAACGUCAAGUUGACACGUUAAAUGAUGAUAUCAGACGCUUGACAAAGGACAACAAAGAGGCGUUUGCCAAACGAAUGCGAUUAGAAGCGGAGAAAAAUAAAUUAGAAAAUUUAUUGACCAAUAAUUUGGUGAGGAGGAAAGACGAAUUGGUUCAAGCAUUGCAAGAAAUAUCGGUGGAAGAUCGACAACGUCAGUUAGAAUCAUCAAAAGCACAAUUAGCCGAUAUCGAAAAGAGACUAGUAAAAGUAAAUGCAGAUUUCAAAGCUCAGAAUGAAAGGGUCACUAAUGCAAUAAAAAAGCAAAAAUCAGAAUCAUCAGAAGUUGAAAAGUGGAAGGUCAAAGAAAAGGAAGCUCAGGAAAAAAUAGAGGCCGACGCUAAAGAUUUAGAAAAAUUAGCCAGCAAGUUGAAUAUUUUACAACAAAAAAUUGUAGAGUGUACACACAAAAUUACCGAACUCGGUGCACUGCCUAGUCACGAAGUAUACUCCAAAUUUAGCGUUAUGUCUACCAAACAGUUGUUCAAAGAAAUGGAAAAGGCCAACAACCAUUUAAAAAAAUACAGUCAUGUAAAUAAGAAAGCAUUGGAUCAGUUCAUGUCGUUUAGCGAUCAGAAAGAGAAAUUGGUGAAAAGAAAAGAAGAAUUAGAUAGAGGUGAUGAGAAAAUUAAAGAAUUAAUGUCAGUACUUGAACAACGUAAAUGCGAAGCAAUUCAAUUUACAUUUAAACAAGUAAGCAAAUACUUCAGCGAAGUUUUCAAGAAGCUUGUGCCGUCAGGUCACGCACAACUGGUAAUGAAAACAGCGGACGGGGACGAAGGAGAUGAUACGACUACAGAGGCUGCUGACUCUGAUAGAUUUAUCGGAGUUGGUAUACGAGUAUCUUUCACUGGUCAUAGAGCUGAAAUGAGAGAAAUGAAUCAAUUAUCUGGUGGACAAAAAUCACUCGUAGCGUUAGCGUUAAUAUUUGCAAUUCAAAAAUGCGACCCGGCUCCAUUUUACUUGUUCGAUGAAAUUGAUCAAGCUCUAGAUGCUCAACACAGGAAAGCUGUGGCAGAUAUGAUUCACGAACUUAGUUCUGAUGCCCAAUUUAUCACCACAACUUUCAGGUAACAAUUUAGAAAUAAAGUUUCUCACGUUGUAUGUGUAACACGAGAAGAGGCGGCAGAUUUUGUGGAAGAUGAUACGACGCAUGGUUAAUAUAGAAUGUAAAUUAUUUAUAAAUUAUCACCGGUUUGGAAACGUUUCUUUUUCUUUUUUUUCCCUCAAAAAAUGAGGUUUAGUAUGUAAAUUACCUGGACAAUGUCUAUUAUUUUUACAAGUACAUUUCUAAAAAAAUAUAUAUUUAUCACAUUAAACGAAAAACAUUUCGAUUCUGUACGAGGAUGACACAUUUUACAUGAAUGUACCCCUGUUUAUUCACAGUAUAUUCUUUAUAUACUCUUAAUAUGUGUCACUUUUCUAUUUCUUGAUUGCUAGGGGUAUGCAUACACCAUAUUUCGAUAACUACCAUCCAUUUAAGCUUAAUUAUAUUGUUAAAAAAGUUGUCAAAUAGAGUAUGACGUAGCUAUGUAAAUAAUUCACUAGUGAUGUAAGUGGAUCAAGAAAAUUUUUAUUCUAUU